GGCAAUGAUUGUGUUUUUUAUUUAUCUCAAGAUGAUAAAUGUAAAGUUCCAUUAGGUUUACCUGCAGCUAGAAUUCAAGCACCAAUGUUAAUGCAUUUGGAUUAUCGUAUACGUUUACCUGAUCAUGAUUGGACAGUUGCACCUCGACAUCAAUUAACACCAAGUGUAUAUGCAGCAUGUCUUUUAUCUGAAGAUGGAGAUUUAGGUUAUUCAGGUCCAACAUAUAUUGCCAUACGUUCAGCUAAACAUGAUUUAUCAAGUGCUGAAUCUCAUGCAAUAGAUUUUGAUCGUCUUAUUUGUUUAAAAGAAUUUGAAAAAGUAGCACGUGAUGAAACUGGACAAGUUAAACCAAUUAUUAUUGUUACUGUUGAUGGUGGUCCUGAUGAAAAUCCACGUUUUCCAAAAACACUUGUUUCAAGUAUUAGAAAAUUUAAAAAAUAUGAUUUAGAUGCACUUUUUAUUCUUACACAUGCUCCUGGUCAAUCAGCUUAUAAUAUAGUUGAACGUCGUAUGGCACCAUUAUCUCAUGAUUUAGCUGGUCUUAUAUUACCACAUGAUCAUUUUGGUUCACAUUUAAAUGAUUCAGGUGUAACAAUAAAUGUUGAUUUAGAAAAAUUAAAUUUUCGUAAAGCUGGACAAAUCUUAGCUGAAACAUGGAAUCAAUCAGUUAUUGAUGGAUUUCCAUGUGUUGCUGAAUAUAUUAAUCCACCAGCAACAUCAGAAGAUGAACGUCGACAAGCCGAUAUUAAAAUUGUUAUGGAUGAAAUUUUACGGCAAAUUUGUGCUGAUGAAGAAGCAGAAGAAGAACAUGAAUUUCGUAUUCAUGCAUCAGAUGAAUAUUAUCAAGAAAAUGCUCGUGCACCAAGAGAAAAAACUGGUGAACAACCAAAAUAUGAUAUUGAUGAAUAUUGGUGUGCAAUACAUGUUUUACAAACACAAUAUACAUUACAAAUAAUUCGUUGUAAUUCAGUUGAAUGUUGUGGAAAAUGGCGUUCAAAUUAUAUUGAAAUAUUUCCUCAUCGAUUUUUACCAUCACCUGUACCAUUUGAACGUACACCAUGUGGUAUACGUAUGGCUGAAAGAGAUUAUCAAAAAGGACAAUUUUAUGGUUCAUUAUUCCAACGUAUUCAAUUUCAUGGUGUUGUUAUUCAACAUACACAGAAUGAAAUGUUACCAUUUGACUACUGUUGUGCAUCAGUUAAAAAAGAAUUAAAAAAACGUACAUGUAAAGUAUGUAAUCAAUAUAUACCAUCAGCAUAUCGUAUGAAAAAUCAUUAUAAAAUUCAUGCACAACAUUAUGACGAUUUUGAUCAUGAUGAAGAAGAUAGAUUACUACCGACAACUGAAAUAACAACAAAUUCAAUUGAAAGUCAAUCAACAACGAUAGCACCACCACCACCACCGCCUGUAUUUAAAACAGAAAUGUUAGAUUGGCUUCAAUCAGAUUUCGAUGAAUUUGAUUUGGGUCCAACACCAACAAAACUUGCAAGUGAUCGUGUUACACGUUCAAUGAAAAAAUUACGUGUUCAAGAAAAUCAAGAUGAACCUGACAAUAAAGAUUGGGUACAUGUAGAAUAA